GCUCCCGCCGGCGUCGCCUCAGCAGCUCUCCAGCCGGCCAACCGCCGCACGGAGCCCUCGCGGGACAGGCAGGCCACGUUCGGCCGCGAUGGCUGCCGCCGCCGCGCCAGCCUCCUCUUCUUCCUCCCCUGGCUGGGACUUCACCUGCAACUUUGAAGUUGACUAUGGAUCUGAAGAACACGCUUCCAUUGUGUACAAGACAUUAGCUGUUGACAAGGAGUUGCAGCCUGAUAAGGUUCGGAGGGAGAUGACUGUUUCUGGUGGCAAGCUCCUCGUGCGCUUUGAAGCAGUAGAGGCUCGAUUUCUGCGCGCGUCAUUCAGCGCAUUUGUUGAUCUUAUGGUGCUUAUCACGAAGCUUGUCGAAGAAUACGGCGUAAGCAAGGAAGAGCAUUCCUGAUAAGCGAUAUGGUCUAGUUAAUCAUACAUGUGAUCAUUUGGACCAUCUGUAUUUGCCUCGGCUCUUCUCCUGUGAAGGUACCAUGUAUUGUGAUUCUGAAUGAAACAUUUAUACUCUGUAGUAUGGAUUACUUCCCAUUGAAAUUUCAUUGUAAUGAGAAAAACCUCCAGAGCCCCUGGGGUGAAAAUUUCUCAUGAAUCCGGGAGGAGCAAAGAAACAUCAGAUAUUAAGUCGGCAACAUUUGAAUGAGAAGCUCCAUGUGUUGAGGGAGUGACCCUGAGCCACAUGAUUUUAGCUGA